AGCGAAAGCUUCUUCUAUUCCGUCAACAACCAUUUGAACCAUUUGAACAGUGCCUAUUGAAUAGCGGCAGCUUUAAGGUGUGCGUUACUGCACAGGCAUGAGAAUAUACAGGUGUUGGUUUUGUUCGAGUCCAAUAUACCCUGGUCACGGGAUUCUAUUUGUCAGAAAUGACUGUAAAGAAUUCCGUUUCUGUAGAGGAAAGUGUCAUAAAGCGUUUAAAAAGCAUAAAAAUCCUCGCAAAGUAAGAUGGACUAAAGUUUCCAGAAGAGUUCGCGGGAAAGAACUAACUGAUGACCUUUCCCAAACAUUUGAGAGGAAGCGAAAUUCAUUACUGAAGUAUGAACGAGCAGCAGUUCAAAAAAUCGUUGAUGCUGUUCCAAAAAUUGAUCAGAUCAAGCAUAAACGAGAAUCCGCAUUUAUCAAAAAACGACUUUCGAAAGGAGUACAGUUGCGUAGAGAAGAAGAUAUUAAACUUGUUAACACACAAAUGCAUCUUAUUGAAGCCCCAGGAGCCAAAAGAAAACGUGAACUAAUGGAUAUUGAUUCUGAAACAGAUUUGUCAGAAGAGGAAACAAUGGACCUGUCAUUUACUGAACUCGAGAAGGAGACAAGUAAAAGAAAAGCAGUUGAUAAGUCAAAAACUCGUGGCAAGAAACAAAAAAUCGCUUUGGAAGCUAGCUGAUUGAAAUAUAUUGAUUUUGUACUUAUUUGAAUUACUAUUAUAUCUUUCAUCUUACUGAAGUAUGAACUUCCCCGUUUCUAGCUUGUCACUUAUGGGUGGUAAAUUAUAGUUUCUAAGAAUUUCUUCAUCACUCUUUCAUCUGUCAUCGUUCACUGAAUAUCAGUCUAAGUGAUUUUUGUUCAACGAAAAUAGAAAGUCAAAAUUUAGGAUAGACAGUUCCUACUUCUUGUGUUUGUUCAUUUUUGAAUUCUCUCGAGAUGUCGUAAGUACCAAGCUGUGCGCUGUUUACAGAAUGAACGACAUUUGUUUAGAGUAAUACAUUAGGUUCUUAUUUAUGGUUCUGUAAGUACCACUGGCCUUUGAUAACUGGUAUUUGCUGUGCCUAUGUUUACUGCUAAAAGAAGCACAGCAAGU